AAAUCCAAUAAUUAAUAAACAAAUAAACAAAAUCCCAUCCUUAUCCAGUUUUCCUUCUCACCUUUCUUCCUCGCAAUUUCUCUCAAAAUUUCUACACCAAAAAAGCUACGAUUUCCGUUUGAUUUCAACAAUGGAAUCCUCCGUUCUCCGUUCCGUUUCAUCUCCCUUACUUCUCGAUAACACAGAUCUUCAUCUUCGCCGGAUCGGAUUAUCUUCCUCUCCGAGAUUUUCUUCUACCGUUGUUCGUUGUUCUUCCAAAAACCAUGCUUAUAUUCCGAAGCUCGAGCCGUUUAGCCGCACCAAGCUUGAUCGCGCCAUCAAAGAACCGCCUCUGAUCGAGAAAUCUGAGAACGAGCUUGCAGAUUAUUGCUCGACGUUGGAAGGAGACGAUUCUUAUAGCUGUUGGAAAGCGUAUUUCGAACUCAAAGAUCUCGAAAAAGAAUCGCCAAAACAAGAAGUGGAGAAGCUGAUUCUUCAAGCAGGAGGCGUAAAAUCGUUGAUCGGAUGCUUACACGGGAUCACAGCCAUACAGAAGAGGAAAGGAAAGGAAAAGGAGACAAGGAAGCCAUGGAAGGGUGUGGAAGGAAGAGGAAGGGAAUGCCCAAUACCAGAUGGAUUGCCAAAAUCUGCAGAGGAAAUAGAAGAAGAAGAAGAAGGGAGAAUGCCAGAUUCGCCAUUUACGAGAUUGCUUAGGAGCAAAGGUGCAUUCCCUGCUUGGUAUUCCCCUGCACCCGAUCAUGAAACAGAUUGACACUCAAAAUUUGCUUAGUUUUUUAGGGUCUUUUUUUUUUUGGCAGAUGGAAGAAUAGUAAGUUGAUUGAUGAAUUAAUGUGUAAAUAUUUGUUCUAUAAAAUUAGUGAUUAUGUAUGACACUUUUAUGUAUUUUGCCUGAUAAUGUUUAAAAUAUAUUAGAUUUUUCAAAAUA